AUGACACGCGUACUCCUUACUGGUGGCUCGGGCUUCAUCGCAGGCCAUGUGCUUGAGUAUCUGCUGAAGCGCGGUCACUCCGUCGUCACGACCGUCCGUAGCCAGGAGAAGGCAGACAGGAUCAAGGCAGCCCACCCCAGUUACGGCAAGGAUAAGCUCGACUUCUCAAUCGUCCCGGAUAUUGCGCAGGAGGCCGCCUUCGACGAGGCUGUCAAGUCGGACCCACCGUUUGAGGCCGUCAUCCACACCGCGAGCCCCUUCCAUUUCAAUGUUACCGACGUCCAGAAGCAGCUGCUUGACCCCGCCGUCAUUGGCACAACUGGCAUUCUGAAGUCUAUCAAGAAGAGUGCGCCGACGGUCAAGAAGGUCGUUAUUACUUCUUCUUUCGCUGCAAUCGUGAACCCCUUCAAGGGCAAUUGGCCAGAGCACACGUAUUCUGAAAGUGAUUGGAACCCCUUGACGCACGAGGAGGCGCUGGAGAAUCCCGCCAACGGCUACAGAGCGAGUAAGACAUUCGCUGAGCGUGCCGCAUGGGACUUCCUUGAGAAAGAGAAGCCCAACUUCACCAUUGCCACCAUCAACCCGCCAUUCGUCUUCGGUCCCAUCGUCCACUAUCUGAACUCGCUCGACGCCCUAAACACCUCUAAUCAGCGCAUCGGCAACUUCAUCCUGGGCAAGUUCAAGGACGAGAUCCCACCGACCGGCACCUAUAUCUGGAUUGAUGUGCGCGACGUAGCCCUGGGUCAUGUCAAGGCCAUGGAGCUUUCUGAGGCGGACAACAAGAGGUUCUUCUUCACGGCCGGCUACUUCAGCAACAAGGAGCUGCUAGAGCUCAUCAGGAAGAACUUCCCCGAAUACAAGGACAAGCUGCCUGCCCCAGACGUCACCGGCGCUGGCGUUGACUACCCCGCCGAGGGCGUUUACAAGAUUGACAACUCAAGGACGAAGGACGUCCUGGGCAUUGAGUUCACACCAUUCGAGAAAACCGUCGUAGACACCAUCAACUCACUCAAGGCUGUGGGCGCAUAA